AUGGAGACCAAGAGCCAUAAUGACCUUCAGGAGAGACUCACACCCUCCAGCAAUGAGAGGACAUCAGUGGAUGGCAAUAAGUUAAUUGGAGCCGUUAAAGACGAAGACAUCGAGCUGGUCCAACAAUUGCUGGAAAGAGGGGCUGAUGUCAACUUCCAGGACGAGUGGGGCUGGUCACCUUUGCAUAACGCGGUACAAAGUUGCCGGGAGGACAUGGUGGAUCUUCUGCUUCGUUAUGGUGCUGACCCUUGUGUGAAGAAGAAGAAUGAGGCCACUCCCUUCAUCAUUGCUGGGAUUGUGGGAAAUGUGAAGCUGCUCAAACUUUUCCUUUCUAAAGGUGCGGAUGUCAAUGAGUGUGAUGCUAAUGGCUUCACAGCUUUCAUGGAAGCCGCUGUGAAUGGGAGGGAUAAAGCCUUAAAAUUCCUGUACGAGAAUGGGGCAAAUGUGAAUUUGAGCCGAAAGACAAAGAAGGAUCAAAAGAGGCUUAGGAAAGGAGGGGCCACAGCUCUAAUGGAUGCUGCUGAAAAUGGACAUGUAGGUGUCUUGAAGAUCCUCCUUGAUGAGAUGGGGGCAGAUGUCAAAGCCCGUGACAAUAUGGGCAGAAAUGCUUUGAUCUAUGCAUUUAGGAGUUCUGAUGAUGGAAAUGUGGAGGACAUCACUCGCCUUCUGCUGCACCAUGGGGCUGAUGUCAAUGUGAGGGGAGAGAAAGGAAAGACACCCCUGAUCCUGGCAGUGGAAAAGAAGCACUUGGGUUUGGUGCAGAUGCUUCUGGAACAAGAACAUAUAGAGAUUAAUGAGACAGACAGUGAGGGCAAAACAGCGCUUCUGUUGGCUGUCCAGCUCAGACUGAAGGAAAUUGCUCAACUGUUAUGCAACAAAGGAGCCAUCACAGACUGUGGGGAACUUGUGAUGAUAGCGAGGCGCAACUAUGACAGUUCCCUUGUAAAGCUUCUUCUCUCUCAUGGGGCCAGAGAAGAUUGUCCCCCUCCCGCUGAAGACUGGAAGCCUCAGAGCUCACGCUGGGGGAAGGCCUUGGAACACCUCCGCAGAAUAUACCGCCCUAUGAUUGGCAAACUCAAGAUCUUUAUUGAUGAAGAAUAUAAGAUUGCUGACACUUCUGAAGGGGGCAUCUACCUUGGAUUCUAUGAAGGGCAAGAAGUAGCUGUGAAACGAUUCUAUGAAGGCAGCACACAUGGACAUCAGGAAGUCUCCUGUCUGCAGAGCUCCCGAACAAACAGUGACUUGGUGACAUUCUACGGGAGUGAGAGCUACAAGGACUGUCUGUAUGUGUGUCUUGCCCUCUGUGAGCAGACCCUGGAGGAACACUUGGCCAAGCACAGUGGGCAGGCUGUGGAAAACGAGGAAGACGAGUUUGCCCGAAACACCCUCUUAUCUGUAUUUAAGGCUGUUGAAGAGCUACAUCUGCUGUGUGGAUACACUCACCAGGAUCUGUGCCCACAAAACAUCUUAAUAGAUUCCAAGAAUGCUGUUUGCCUGGCAGAUUUUAAUGAAAGCAUCAAGUGGACUGGAGAGCCGCAGGAAAUCAAGAGAGAUCUACAGGCCCUUGGACAGCUAGUCCUAUAUGUGGUAAGGAAGGGAGAGCUCCCUUUUGAGACACUGAAGACUAAAAGUAAUGAAGAGGUGAUUCAACUUUCUCCAGAUGAGGAAACUCGGGACCUCAUGCAUCAACUGUUUAACCCUGGAGACAAUGUGCAGGGGCACCUGAGUGGCCUGCUGGGUCAUCCCUUCUUUUGGAGUUGGCAGAACCGCUAUAGGACCCUUAGGGAUGUGGGAAAUGAAUCUGACAUUAAAAGGCCAUUGCUUACAAGCAGGAUUGUCCAACUACUACAACCUGAAAAAUCUGAAUGUUCCAGAAGUUUUGCCAAGUGGACUUCUAAGAUUGACAAGUAUGUUAUGGAAGAAAUGAAUAACUUUUAUAAAAAUAAAAAGUACACCUAUAAGGACACUGUGCAUGAUCUGCUAAAGUUCAUCCGGAAUCUGGGAGAACAUAUUAAUGAAAAAAAAAAUAAGGAGAUGAGGUCGAGAAUUGGAGAACCUUUCCAGUAUUUGCAGAAGAAUUUUCCCGAUCUGGUCAUGUAUGUCUAUAAGAAACUACAGAACACAGAAUACAGAAAGCAUUUCCCAAAAACUCACAAUCCAAACAAGCAUUGGUGUGAUGAAGUUCAGCCCUGA